AUGUCAGUCAUUCGUCAAGCCAUAGCACGUAGCCUUAGAGCCACCCCAAUCAAUAGGUCACCAUCAUUCAUAACAUCCAUCAGAUUCAACACCACCUCUGCCGAAUCAUCAUCACCGGUAGAUCCAAAAAUAACCCAAAUUGUUGAUCAAAUCUCCACAUUAACCCUUUUAGAAACUUCACAAUUAGUCAAUGAAUUGAAAUCGAGACUUAACAUCAGUGAUAUCGCAUUACCAAUAGCUGGUGGUGCUGCUGGCGGAGCCGCACAACAAGCUGCCCCAGCUGAAGAAGAAGAAACCAAACAACCAGUUGAAGAAAAGACCAUGUUUGCUGUUAAAUUAGAAAGCUUUGAUGCUAAAGCCAAACCAAAGGUUAUUAAAGAAGUUAAAGGGUUAUUGGGAUUGAGUUUAGUUGAAAGUAAGAAAUUUGUUGAGAGUGCACCAAAAGUAUUGAAGGAAAAUGUCGCAAAAGAGGAUGCUGAAAAGAUAAAGGCUACAUUAGAGGGAUUAGGAGCUAAGGUUGUUUUGGAGUAA